AUUGAGUUGGACUUAGCAUUAGAAAUAGAGAUAGAAAGAGAGAGAUGGGUUUGGUUUUUGUAUAUAGUUUUUGCCUUGCCCUAUUUCUCUUGAUGACCAUACUGAUCAAAAAUAGGCAAAAUAAGCAAAGAGCAAAAUUGCCACCAGGUUCAAUGGGCUGGCCAUAUAUUGGAGAAACCCUUCAACUCUACUCCCAAAACCCUAAUUUUUUCUUCACUAAUAAGCAAAAAAGAUAUGGAGAGAUUUUCAAGACUCACAUUCUUGGUUGCCCUUGUGUUAUGGUGGCUAGUCCUGAAGCAAUUAAAUUUGUGUUGGUGACACAAGCAAAUUUGUUUAAGCCAACUUAUCCAUCUAGCAAGGAAAAAUUAAUUGGCCCAUCAGCAAUUUUUUUUCAUCAAGGCAAUUAUCAUACUCAAAUUAGAAAAUUAGUACAAGUUUCUUUGUCUCUUGAUGUUAUCAGAAAUUUGGUCCCUCAUAUUGAAGCUAUUGCAAUUUCUGCAUUGGAAUCAUUUUCUAAUGGAAAUGUUGUCAACACAUUUCAUGAGAUGAAGAAGUUCGCUUUUGACGCUGCCGUUUUAACCAUCUUCGGUAACUUAGAAAGUUCUUACAGAGAAAAGCUGAAAAUAAAUUACCAUAUACUGGACAAAGGUUACAAUUCACUCCCUACAAAUUUACCUGGAACUUUGUACAGUAAAUCUCUCAUGGCAAGAAAAAGGCUAAGCAGGAUUAUAGGAGAGAUGAUGAGGGAGAGAAAAGAAAAGAACUUAGUGCAGAAUGAUCUUUUGGGUUAUCUACUAAAGUUCAAGGAUGAGAAUGGACUUUUUUUAUCCGAUGAUAAAAUUACUGAUAACAUCAUUGGUGUACUAUUUGCGGCUCAGGAUACUACAGCUAGUCUCUUGACAUGGAUUCUUAAGUAUAUUCAUGAUGACCCUAAACUUUUAGAGGCAAUAAAGAAAGAGCAGACGGAUAUUUAUGAAUCAAAUGGAAGAGGAAAAAGGGCAUUGACAUGGUCUCAAACUAGGAAUAUGCCUAUCACAAAUCGGGUUAUAAUGGAGAGCUUGAGGAUGGCAAGUGUCAUAUCUUUUACCUUUAGAGAAGCUAUUGAAGAUGUCGAAUAUAAAGGAUAUUUAAUUCCAAAAGGAUGGAAGGUACUUCCUUUGUUUCGAAACAUUCAUCACAAUCCAGAUUUCUUCAUUGAUCCGCAUCUAUUUAAUCCUUCAAGGUUUGAGGUUGGUCCAAAAGCCAAUAGUUUCAUGCCGUUUGGAAAUGGAGUUCAUGCAUGCCCAGGAAAUGAAGUUGCGAGGCUAGAGAUUAUUAUUCUCAUCCAUCAUCUCAUUACAAAAUUCAGGUGGGAAAUAGUAGGGUGUGUAAGUGGGGUUGAGUAUGAUCCAUUUCCAAUUCCAGAGCAAGGACUUCCUGCUACUUUUUGCAAACAAUCAACCAAUCACAGCUGCCCAUGAUAACAACAUUUCUAUGCUUCAUUUUCCAUUUGCGUCAUUUACUUAAAAAAAAGUAUGAUUAUAGUGACAUUUUAUUGGGAAAUAUGUGAGUUUUUAGCAAGAAUUUUGGAUUUUUUUUCAUAUGUUUGAUUGAUGUUAUGUCUUUUUCUUGAUAAUGUUUCAUUUCAUUGCAAAA